GAGAGAGAGAGAGAGAGAGGGAGAGGGAGAGAGAGAACAAGAGAAAACAAGAGAGAGGAAGUCAGCAAUCAGCACUUCUUAGACAGAUCACCAGUGUCUACCAAUGACAUCUUAUUACAAGAACGCUGUAAAGAAAGAGGGACAAAAGCAGAUUUGUUAUAUUAUUGUACCCUUAUCCUUUCUUUAAAAAAAAUGAAGAAUAGAAUACAGGGCUGUUUGUCAGACUUCUUCUUUGAAUACGAGACUCCUCGUCAGGUUCUGGUCAGGAACAGAAGAGUUGGAAUUGUGUGUAGAUUCAUCCAGAUGGGCGUUCUAGCCUACAUCAUAGGGUGGGUGUUCAUGUAUGAGAAAGGCUACCAGACAGUGGAUACUGCCUUUGGCUCAAUAUUGACCAAAAUGAAGGGACUUGCUUUCACAAAUAUCAGUGGAGAGGAGAGGGUAUGGGAUGUAGCGGAUUAUGUCUUUCCAGAACAGGGUGCCUCGUCUUUUGUUGUGAUGACAAAUUACAUUGCCACUGUGGGACAGACACAGGGCAAAUGUCCUGAGGUGCCAAACGGGAAGAAUAAGUGCAUGUUAGACGCAGACUGUGAUGAAGGCAAAUACAAACGUACGGGAAAUGGGUUCAUGACGGGCAAGUGUAUGAAUAAAACAACCAGUACUUGUGAGGUCUACUCUUGGUGUCCUGUUGAAGAUGAUCGUAUAAUACCCGAUCCUCCAAUAUUGAAAGUAGCAGAAAAUUUCACUCUGUUCAUCAAAAACUCAAUCUCUUUCCGCUAUUUUAAUGUUGUCAGGAGUAACCUGGUAGAAGGUGUGGAUCAAGCGUACCUAAGUAGCUGUCAGUAUGACCCAAUAGAUAAUCCACUGUGUCCUAUCUUCAGACUGGGAGACAUUGUGGAGCGUUCUGGGUUGAAUUUCUCGGAAAUCGCACGUGUGGGUGGGGCUAUAGGAAUUCUCAUUGAAUGGAAUUGCAAUCUGGACUUCAAAAUCAAAUACUGCAAACCACAAUAUGAAUUUUAUGGCCUUUAUGGAACUGGGAGAAAUGAUAAAGAGGAGAAACCAUCACUGGGAUACAAUUUCAGAUAUGCUAAACAUUAUUUGGAAAACGGCAAGGAGAAGAGAACAUUAAUGAAGGUGUUUGGUUUAAAGAUAGACAUCGUUGUUUAUGGACUGGCAGGAAAAUUUGAUAUCAUCCCAACGUUGACAGCUAUAGGCUCAGGAGUAGGAAUUUUUGGAGUGGCAACCGUUGUGUGUGAUUUGCUCCUUCUACAUUUACUUCCAAAAAGAGAUUUCUACAAAAACAUGAAAUACAAGAAUACAAAAAUCCAAGAAGAGAAGCCCACAUUAUCACCUCCGGUGAUAGAAAAAGAGAAACCAAGGGAGUGAAGAGAGAGAGAGAGAGAGAGAGAGAGCGGCUGCCAUGACUACUGACUAAUUCUGCACUGAAAACACAACAUCAAUACUGGAACCCAUGCAAAAGAACUGGGAGAUAUUGUAUAACGCACUCCAGAACAAGUCUGAGAUUAAAUCAACUGCGCUGUAAAAAAUGCAGCAUUAAGUUAAUGGAGCAGUAUGUAAGAAAUUUAUAUCAAUUAAUCAUAAAAUGGCCCUGAUAUGUCACUAGACAUUAAGAAAUAAUUUUCAUUUCAAAUACAUAUAUCCCUGACAACAGUGGUCCGGCCAGGAUAUUGUCAUUUAAAAAGUGAAGUUGCAGCCCUCAACUGAUGUUUAUGUUGUCAUUUUGUGUAUUGGCCACCAGUUGUGUGAUUGCAGUACCAGUUUUAGCCACAAGUUUUGGGAUUGCAAUAUCAGUUUUGGCCACAAUCCUACAUACUGUUCCUUUAAAGCAACACUAUGUAGUUUUUUUACCUUUAAAUAAUGUCUCUAAAAUUAUUUCAGUGAUAGAACAACUUUUAACUGGACAAAUUGUACUGUUGCUGCAACCUGAGCAGCCUCCUAGCUGCUACAAGCACACUCUGAAAGUGGCGGUGGAGGGUAGGAAACACAGCCCCGCCCCUUCCCCUGCCUGCAAAAGAGUGUCUGAUACCAGGCACUGUUGCGCUUUUCAACCACAUGGGGGAGCUGUAAGUCAUUUUUACAUGGAAACUACAUAGUGUUGCUUUAAAACAACUUUAUUUUGCAAGUCAAUUCAACAUAAUAUUUUAAGUUUAUAAAAACAAGUUGAAUUUGUUUAACUUAAUUUGUAAAGGUAAAGUAACAUAAAAUAUAUGUUGAUUUGACAUCAUUGUUUACAGUGUGCAAAAGGGAAAAAUAUGUUUUAAAUAUAAAAUUAUUAUUAAAGAGGUGUGUUGUACACUGUAAAAAAUAAAAUGAAAAUGCAGCAUUUAGUUAAAACAACUUGGUUUUGUAAGUCAAUAUAACUUGACCUGUGAUAAGUUGACAUAACUUAUAAAAACAAGUUUAAGUUGUUUAAAUAUAAUUUUUUUUACAUUAAAGUAACAAACAAAUGUAUGUUGAUUUGAGAAAAAUGUUGCAUUUUUUACAGUGUACGGUUUUUUCGGGUGAAGGCUCCUUCAAACUUUAUAUAGAAAGGCAAAUUUUAGAUAUAAGUCAUGGAUAAACAAAUACAGUAUGGACUUUUAUUACUUUAAACUAAAGUUGCUGUUAAGAUGAUACUGUAGUGCUGUUUUGUGAAAUAUUCUGGGUUUUAAAUAAGCCAAACUGCCAAAGGCAGUGUUUGAGAGAAAAAAGCUGUGACAUAUUUUUUGAAUUGUGUUAGUUUUAGCAGAUUUGUAAAUUUUUAUUCAUAUGAAAACUAGAA